UCAACCAGAUUUAACUUUUUUUUUUAUUUUUUAUUUUUAUUUUUUUAUUUUAUAUUUAACCCAAAGGAAAGGAGCUUUCGUCCGGACCUUUAAACGUAGCUUCAGUCUUCACUCAUGUUAUUUUUUCCUGUGUCUCUUUUAUUUAAUUUGUUUUUAAAUAAAUAUUAAUUUGGUUAAGCAUGCUCGGUUAAAUUAUGCAGGUAUCAAAGCUGAAAUAUAGCUGAGGGCGGGAAGAGUAGACUGUCGGCGAGAAUGAAGUUCGCGGUGAAGGCAUGGAGCAAGGGCAAAGCCCGAGUUGGUGUUGUUCAGCUGGGAAGCUGCCCUCACCCAAUAGAGACACCUGCUCUCCUCCUUACAACUCGCAAAGGCUUGCCUGUUUUCAUUCCUCCUGACCACUUCCCUUCCCUCCCUUCCCCUGAUUCUCUCCUCUUCCAUUUCAGCCCUCUUCACUUCCUGGAAGGCAUUUCCCUGAAAGCAAUCUCAACCAUUGGAGGAUUGCACCCAUUGCUUGGUUUACGUGAUCAUAUACUUGUAGCUGUACCAAGGGAUUCUAUUAUAUCUAUCCCAGACCAUGACAGUACUAACAGGAUUGGAGCUUCCUUUGAAACUCCUUCUGGUCGUAUGUUGAUUAAGCCUGCAGAAUACAUGGAAAUGAUUUCUUCUAUGAGGCCAAAUUUAUGGACCACUUUAGCCGAUGAAGUUCCUGCUUGGGCUUCUGAAAAAAGGAACAAAGCCUCAGUUGAACGUACUCUAAGGUGGCUCGACGAAUGCAUCAUUUCAAACUCGAAGGAUGGAGCAGUGUUUGGAUCUAUUGUUGGAGGCUCUAGGGUUGAAGUGCGCCGAAGUUGUGCCCAAGAAGUUGCUAGGAGGAAUGUAGAAGGAUUUUGGAUUGGUGGAUUUGGACUAGGGGAAAGCAUGGAAGAGCGCAACCCCCUCCUUAGUGCUGUUAUGGAUAGUUUACCUGAAGAAAAACCACGUCUUAUAAGUGGCCUCGGACUACCAGAAGAGGUCUUGCAAGGUGUUGCUGCAGGUAUUGACCUAUUUGAUUCCACCUACAUCUACCAUCUUACACUGGGAGGCUUUGCUCUCACCUUUCCGCUUGAAAGAAUAGAAACACAAAUUACAAAAUACCAACCAAAUAGUGAUUCAGGAAGUGAUGGCACAAAGAUAAAUUUGAAAGCAACCAUGUAUAGGAAGGAUACAUCUCAUAUCGUCGAUAAUUGCAAGUGUUAUACUUGCCAAAAUCAUACAAAAGCAUACAUCAAUCACCUCUUCAAUGUCCAUGAGAUGCUUGCUCAUAUUCUUUUGGAAAUACAUAACACACAUCAUUAUCUGGGAUUCUUUCGCUCUAUCAGAGAGGCAAUUCAAGAAGGAAAAUUCGAGCAAUUCCGGCAGAAGUUCAUAGGAAGUAGGCGUGAACAUCUCUUUUCUGCUGCUUUAAGCAUCUAACUUGAAAAUUACUGGUUGUUGAUUGACAUCUUAUCAUGUCCUGAGUCCUCUGCUUUUUACUUGGCUAGUUAGCCGCAUGAGGGUAAUUUUACAUUUAAAAAAGAAGAUACUAGAUCAAUGCAGAUAUGCAAUCUAGUUAAACUAUUUGUGGAGAUUUUGGAAAAGAAAUAGAUUUUUUUGGACAAGUCUUGUGGAGAUUUAUUGAGAAAAAAAGAGUUCACAGUCCAAACUCUAUUAAUUCUGUGAUUGAGCAAAAACUUUUGGUCCAAACGAAUAGAUUGGAUAAUUGUCGGCAAAGAAACAGCCGAUAAGAUAUUAGUUGAAGGAGAUGACAGAAGUCAGGAGGUCAUUAUCAACCAUUCUGCUAUAGCAAUCAAUUAUAUAUGUAAGGCGCACUUAUUCAACUGUAAGCUACAAAAUUAUAUUAAUCGCAUUAAAGUAAUUGAAUUUUA